AUGCUGUAUCAGUGUAAUCCUCAUGCUAAGAUUUUUCAAAUGGCAAGGCAAUGGUUAAAUAAUGGUGAUAGUCAGAACUUGAAGUUGAGACUAAUUUCGGAUAGAUCCACAGAUGGCAGAGUAUAUAAUCAACCAACCGUUUCUGAAGUUGCUGCCUUGGUAGUUGGUGAUAUUGACACAGCAGAAAUGAGGGAUAUCAUUAUGCAAACAAAAGGAGGAAGACUUCAGAGAAUCAACGAACUUCAUGCCAGUUACAUGGCUUUUCAGUAUCCAUUGAUUUUUCCGUACGGUGAGGACGGUUAUAGGCCUGAUGUAGCUCAUAGAGACUUUCCCAUAUACGAAAACAACAUAAGAAAUAGGCUUACAAUUAGAGAAUGGCUUGCAUUUCGCAUACAAAACAGGCUAAAUGAAGCUAAGACUCUGUUGUCCUCACGAAGGUUAUUCCAACAAUUUUUGUGCGAUGGUUACACAAUGUUAGAAUCAGAGAAAUUAGAAUGGCUUCGAAAAAAUCAACCAAAGCUUAGGGUCUCCAAGUACAAGUCUCUAAAUGAAGAAGGCGAUCAGAGUCAAACCCAAGGAUCAAACAUAGGUAAAAGAGUUGUUUUGCCAUCUUCCUUUGUGGGCGGUCGUAGAUUUAUGGAUCAAUUGUACUACGAUGGGAUGGCUAUUUGUAGUAAAGUUGGGUUUCCUAAUUUGUUCAUUACAUUUACCUGCAAUCCAAACUGGCCUGAGAUUCAAAGAGUACUUGGUCCUCUUCAUUUGAAACCACAAGAUCGACCGGACAUCAUUUCAAGAAUAUUCAAAAUCAAGUUUGAUCAAUUGCUAUCCGAUUUAACCAAGAAAGGUGUAUUAGGGAAAGUGCUUGCUUAUAUGUACACCAUUGAAUUUCAAAAGAGAGGAUUGCCACACGCCCAUAUAUUGAUCUUUCUGCAUCCUUCAAACAAAUAUCCAAGACCCGAAGACAUUGACAGGAUCAUUAGUGCGGAAGUGCCCGACCCCUUGACACACCCACGGUUGUACAAUUUGGUCAAAUCCCAUAUGGUUCAUGGUCCUUGUGGAUUGGCAAAUGUUAACUCACCUUGCAUGAAAGAUAGGAAAUGCAGCAAGUUUUACCCCAAAAAAUUUCAACCUACGAGUAUUGUGGACCAAGAUGGAUAUCCUGUUUAUAGGAGAAGAAACAACGGACACACAAUUGAGAAAAACGGAAUCAUCUUUAAUAGUGGUCAUGUAGUUCCUCACAACCCAAGUUUAUUGUUGAAGUACGAAGCCCAUAUCAACAUGGAAUGGUGCAAUCAAAGUACUUCAAUCAAAUACCUUUUCAAAUACAUAAACAAAGGUUCUGAUCAAAUUUCUGCUGUCAUACAAGGUAAAGAUAAAGACAACGUUGACGAGAUCAAGCAAUAUUUGGAUUGUCGAUACAUCUCUCCAAGUGAGGCAUGUUGGAGGAUAUUUUCUUAUUCUAUACACGGAAGAAAGCCAGCUGUAGAGAGAUUGUAUUUUCACUUGGAAGGUGAAAACUCCGUUUACUACAAAGACUACGAGCAAGUUGGUGAUGUUUUACUCAAACCAAGUGUAACUGAGUCAAUGUUUACUUCUUGGUUUGAGGCUAACAAAACUUACGAACAUGCUAGGUUACUAACUUAUGGUGAUUUUGUUUCUAAGUUUGUUUACCAUAAACGGAGUCGGAGUUGGAAACCAAGGAAGCGAGGGUAUACCAUUGGUCGACUUAUUUGGGUUCCUCAAAGUACAGGUGAAUUGUUUUAUUUAAGGAUGAUGCUCACGGUAAAAAAAGGCCCUUUGUGUUAUGAAGACAUCAAGAAUGUGGAUGGCAAACAACACAAAACUUUUAGAGGAGCAUGCUUUGCGAUGGGAUUUCUACAAGAUGAUAGAGAAUUUGUUGAGGCAAUUAAAGAGGCACAUGUAUGGGGUUCGGGAGUCUUUUUACGCAAAUUAUUUGUGACAAUGUUGUUAUCCUCAUCCAUGAAUAGACCGGAACAUGUGUGGAGAUUGACUUGGAGGUAUUUAUCCGAUGGUAUUCUUUAUGAUCAACGAUUAUUGGCAGGAGAUCAAGGUUUGAUACUAACUGAUCGGGAGUUAAAGGAAUUGACGUUAAUGGCUAUUGAAUCACUGUUGCAAAACAAUAAUAAAAGUUUGAAGGACUUCAAGCCAAUGCCAUAUCCAAAAGAUUAUGUUGUUUCCUUUAUAGGAAAUAGACUUCUCUAUGAAGAGCGUCAAUACAAUGUUAUGGAACAACAACAAAUUUUUGAUAAUUUGUACUCUUCUCUUACAGAUGAGCAAAGAUUAAUUUUUGAGCAAAUAAUGGAUGCUGUAGAAAAGCAAAGAGCAGCACUUAGGUCUAAGAAAAAAAUUGUUUUGCCUGUUGCCUCAAGUGGGAUUGCAAGUUUGUUGUUACCUGGUGGAAGAACAGCUCAUUCUAGGUUUAAGAUUCCCGUCCCUACUUUAGAAACUUCUAUUUGCAACAUUAACAAAAAAGAUGAUCUUGCUGAGCUUCUAAAGAUGACAGAUCUAAUCAUAUGGGAUGAAGCUCCUAUGGCUAACAGGUUUUGCUUUGAGUCUCUCGAUAAAUCCUUGAAAGAUAUUAUGAGUGGAAGUACACAUGCAUGUGACAACAUAUUUGGAGGUAAGGUUGUUGUGUUUGGUGGUGACUUCAGACAAAUUCUCCCUGUUAUACCAAGAGGUACUAGAUCUGAUAUUAUCCAUGCAACAAUCAAUUCUUCUUAUAUUUGGGAUCACUGUAAAGUGUUAAAGCUUACAAAGAACAUGCGCUUGCAAACUGGUGCAACUACUUCAACUGCUAAUGAUAUUAGGAGCUUUUCAGAGUGGAUUUUGAAAAUUGGAGAUGGGACCAUGUGUGAGCCCAAUGAUGGUUAUGCAAGUAUAUGUAUUCCAGAUGAGUUUUUAAUUUCAAGCUUUUCUGAUCCCAUUAAGGCAAUUGUUGAGGAUACAUACCCUGAUCUCAUUCAUAACUAUCUUGAUUCCAACUAUCUCCAAAGUCGUGCAAUUUUAGCUUCAACAAUUGAAGUAGUAGAUGAUAUCAACCAAUAUAUUACAAACCUUCUUCCUGGAGAAGAGAAAGAAUACUUUAGUAGUGAUUCUAUAGAUAAAUCUGAUUCUACUAACUUUGAUGCAUAUGAGCAUGUCACACCGGAGUUCCUUAAUGCUCUUAAAACUUCUGGAUUACCUAAUCAUUCAAUCAGGUUGAAAGUUGGUGCCACAAUAAUGUUAAUGCGCAAUCUAGAUCAGUCUGAAGGCUUGUGCAAUGGUACACGACUCACUGUAACCAGGCUUGCUUCUCAUGUCAUUGAAGCUAAGAUUAUUUCUGGAAAAAAUAUUGGUAACAUCAUUUAUAUUCCUAGAAUGUCUUUGUCCCCCUCACAAUCACCAUGGCCAUUUAAAUUGGUGAGACGCCAAUUCCCUAUUAUAGUUUCCUUUGCCAUGACAAUUAAUAAGUCUCAAGGGCAAUCUCUGGACAAUGUUGGUUUAUAUUUGCCAAAAGAUGUUUUUAGUCAUGGUCAGUUAUAUGUGGCUAUCUCUAGAGUUAAAUCAAAAAAGGGAUUAAAGAUUCUUAUUCAUGACAAAGAUAGAGAACCAAUGAUUACCACCACUAAUGUUGUGUUCAAAGAAGUGUUCCAAAACAUAUGA